AUGAAGCAAGAGUUAAUGGAAGGCAACCGAUCAGGGAAUAUGAUCGAGAUGAUGGUGAAGUCUUAUGAGCAGAUGCUCGAGAGAAGGCGGCUCUUCUAUUGUCCAAGUUCUAUUCGCGACAUUCUCGGCGGAACAGAGCCCACGAUGAGACCUGCAUGUUAUUUUGGUGAGCGAGUUAGACGUGAUCGCCUGCGAGUUGAUAUUGCGUUGAUAUUUCACAGCGACGGGACCUACUCGGAUCUCAAUGAUCCGGAUUCAAUAGCAAAGGAAGCUAAUAAAGUUUCGGGUGGAGGUGUAGACAAAGAAACCUUGAACAAGCUUUUCGUCCAGACGUUGAAAGAUUUUUUGCUGGAGUUAUCCGUACCUAUGUACCACAAUAAAAUGACUGAUGUGGAAUUUUGCGCUUUGAACGCCAUAUUGCUUUUUGAUCCAGGUUCGUCUGUUUAA